CUCAUGUAGUAUUACGCACGCUUGCAGAAUUAGAUGGUCGACGAUUUCGCGCUCACGUACAUGUUAUCAAUCCGCCAAUGAGCCGGCAAAAAUAACUUAGAACCAAACCACACUGAACGUUUGGCCGGAGUUCAAUGUUAUCGCGAUUACUCGCUCGCUGACUGGCGCAAACGUUUGGAAUAAACGUUUCUAAUCGUAGUGCCUCAUUCUUCAACGCAAAGAGUUUCAGUUAAAAGCACUAGACGAAGUAAAUUCCCAUGACUAGUGCGAAUUUGACAACGGUUGAGGGAAGUACAUAAAGUAAAACGCACAAUCGGGCAUAGUUUCUGUCACAAUUACACAUAAAAGCAAUUAAUUCAAUUGAGAAAUCAAACAUCAUAAAUGCGAAUCUUAUCGCGCUCUCCGAUAGCCAGCAGCAUAUAGCCAACCAUCCAUUCAACCAAGUCUAGUUCGUUUCCGAGUGCCAUAAUUUUUGUUUAGUAUUGUUUGCAAUUGCCAUGUCGCAGAUCUAUCAGCUUUCUGAGGUUGCCGAAAAUAAUGGCAAAGGCGGCAAACCCGUGUGGAUCAUCUACAAGGGCAACGUCUACGAUGUGACAAGCUUUCUCAAGGAUCAUCCUGGAGGUGCUGAACUCAUACUCGAAGUGGCUGGCAAGGAUGCCACCAAAGCGUUCAAUGGAGCCGGACACUCUUCGGAUGCGGUUAACGAUUUGAAAAAGUACAAAAUCGGCGAAGUGGCCAUCAAUUCACAGCCAACAGCAAAGUCAGCGCCACCAGCAGCAGCUAAAUCGCCAGAAAAUGAAAAACUACCGCCAAAGGAGCCAAUGAAGGAGUCAUCCUCAUCCGGUUUUCUGUGCUGUUGUUGAGAGAACAAACAU